UUCUUGUGAGAAGCUGGUCUGUGGAAGUCUAUCUUUGAGAAUCUCUUACAUGAUGUUUCUACCUGCUGUUACUCACAGGAGUCUAUACCUGACACAAAGCUGCUCUACUGGCUCGUCUUGAUUCCUGCUCUGAAUGGUGUUGUGUGCUGGCUUCAGUUUGCGUUGUGUUUACAGGGAAUAAAAUGCCAAAAGGAAACAGGGAGUGGGAGAGGAAGCCUUUCUGAAGACCCAUGAGUGGGUUGUGAUUUCAGAGGCAGUCUGAGACCAAAGGCUCCUCCUGUUCCAGAUGAUGUGUAAAUAGAGACGGGCCAAAUGGAUAAGGGCGUCAGGGAAUCGAAGACUUUUGUGUCCACCUUUCGAUUGGCCAUAAAACCUCGAUCUGGACAUUUAUGUGUCAAGGAGCAAAAUGUAAACAGAGUGGAUACCAGUGACAGGAAGGAACUGGGAAAGAGCAAACUGGGAAUUCCAUCUGCAACAGAUGCCAAACCAGCAUCCGUUCCUGUUGCGGAAGCGCCUCAGUUCAAAGAACCACUGCAGGAUUGCACAGUCUGUGAAGGAAGUGAUGCUACUUUUCAAGGAGUUAUCACAGGACGUCACCCUGUGAGAGUUUCCUGGCUACACAAUGGUGAGAAAGUGCACUCAAGUAAGACUUCCUUCAAAAACGGUGAUGCAAAACUAACUCUGACCAAGUGUUCAUCUGGAGAUGCUGGCACGUACACAUGUGUAGCUGAAAAUACUGCUGGAAAACAAUCAAGCAGCGCUGCGUUACAUAUCACAGCAUCUAAGGAAACAUCAAGAUCAAGGAGUGAGGCCACACAUAAGGCUGCACCACAUGAAAAUAAACAACUGUGUUCAGCAACUAAAGAAGAAACAGGUCUCAGAGAAGGAAAAGACAAAGUCUCCACAGGUAUCACAGACAGCCACCUUCAAACAAAAGGCUCAACUAGCAGAGGUCCUCCUGUGGAGUUUCUAGAUCCUCCUGAGCUGGUGGAGGUUCGAGUGGGAGAAGAGGCCCGGAUACACUGUGAGUUCAGCAGCAGUUCUGACCCUGUGGCCUCCUGUUGGAUUUACAACAGAGACAAGGUUGUAUCAGGAGGGAAGAGGGUUUCUGUCACUGGCAGUAAGACACAGAGCACUGUGGUGAUCUCCAAAGCUUGUCCAGACGACAAAGGCUCGUACACUAUUGUUGUACGAAACCAAAGAGGCUCCGCUCACCACACAGUUUCCCUCAGUGUCAUAGAUCGUCCAGACCCCCCAGCGUCUCAUCCUGUUGUCUCCCAGUUAUCCGCUCAGUCCCUGGUCUUGUCCUGGACGGGUCCCAGCUACGACGGGGGUACAGCUGUUCUGGGUUACAUAGUGGAGCUCAGACAAGAAGGCCUGAACCAGUCCGGGACGUGGACUGAGGUGGCGAGCCGCUGUAAGAGCACCUCCCAUCGGGUCUCUUCAGGACUAGAACCACAGGGGCAGUACCGCUUCCGGGUCCGGGCCUACAACUCUGCAGGGGUCAGCGAACCAAGCAAAGAGUCUAACUGUGUCAAGAUGGCAACUACAAAGGAACAAAAGGAAGACCCCAAGUCUUAUGUCACAGUGACCAUAGACACCAAAAACAAAGUCAAGGACCACUACAACAAACACGAAAAGCUGGGAGUUGGGAAGUUUGGGCAGGUGUUCCGGCUGUCGCACAAAGAGACUGGCCAAGUGUGUGCAGGGAAGUUCUACCGAGCCCGAACCUCCAAGGAAAGGUCAGCAGCCCUGAAAGAGAUCGAAAUAAUGAACUCUCUCCACCACCCUAAGCUGGUCCAGUGUCUGGCUGCGUAUGCUGCGCGCUCUGAGACUGUUAUGGUCAUGGAAUAUAUUGCCGGUGGGGAGCUCUUUGAACGCAUUGUGGAUGAAAACUUUGAGCACACGGAGCUCACCAGUGCCCGCUACAUGCAGCAGAUCCUGGAGGGUAUGCAGUAUGUUCACAAGCAGAACAUAGUCCACCUGGACCUCAAGCCUGAGAACAUCGUCUGUGUGGACACAGCUGGUACAAAGAUCAAAAUCAUUGACUUUGGUCUCGCCAGUAAACUAGAUGGUAAACCACUGAUGGUCAUGCAUGGGACACCAGAGUUUGUGGCACCUGAAGUGAUCAGUUAUGAACCUGUGGGGCUGGAGACUGACAUGUGGAGCAUCGGAGUCAUCUGUUUCAUAUUGCUCAGCGGAGAGUCUCCGUUCCAGGGAAACAGUGAUGCUGAGACUUUUGCUCUUGUCACUGCUGCCAAAUAUGAGUUUGAUCCAGAAAGUUUUGAGGACAUCUCUGAUCAAGCUAAGGACUUCAUUAGCUCCUUGUUGAAGAAAGAUCGGAGAUGCCGUUUGUCAUGUACCGAGGCCCUUUUCCACCCCUGGAUGGCCUCUUUUACCCCUCUGACUCGCAGGUCUACCAAGUCUCUCAGCAAGCAGAAAAUGCGACGCUUCCUAGCCAAGCGCAAGUGGAAGAAAACUGGCAAGGCUGUUCUGGCCCUACAGCGAAUGGCUAACCUCUCCAACAGGCCAGACUCUCCUGGCAGCUCCUCAGAGGAGCCAGGCUGGAGCCAAGAGGCAGAAGAGGCCAUCCAGUCUCUGGACAAGCAGCUUCAGAGAGAACCCCGCUUCCAGCAGGCCCUGAAAGACACCACCCUUCCCAGAGGAGCCACUGCUCAGCUAACAUGCCUCAUCAGCGGUUAUCCAAACGUGGACGUAAAGUGGCUUCAGAAUGAGAAGGAAGUGUCUGAGUCGUCCAGAGUAACCAUGGAGCAAAAUGAGGAUGGAUUCUGUUCUCUGGUUCUGGCUGAUUUAUCGCCUUCUGACUCUGGAGUUUAUAAGUGCAGAGCCAGCAACAAGCUGGGGGAAGCAAUGUGCUCUGCCAAACUGACAGUGAAGAUGUAAAAGAACAGAGCUGUGGAUUAAAACCAGUGAAGGAAAAUCACAAGUGUUGGAUCUGCUUUAAAGGGACUUUUAAGGAAUCAUUUGCUGAGGCUUAGACAGAUGUGAUACCAAGGAUGGACAGUCAUUCACCGCCUCACAAACAGCUGCUUUCACAUAAUUUCAAGGCAAAAAGUUUGUUUUGUCAUCUUCUACCACUGAGUGGAUAAUAAGGUUUGGAUAGCUCUUUGUUUCACGUCACAUUAAGUGUGUUUAAGCCUGUUUGUGUUUUACAUCAGGUCAGUCUUCAGUGUUAUACUGACAUCGGUUGAAAAUCAUUCACAAAAUCUAUCACUGUAAAUGUUUAUUUCUAAACUGUCACUAUUUUAAAGGCACUGACAUUAAAAUGCAUUUUAACAAUC